AUGGCGUCCAGAUCGCAGUCAGCCGCGCCCGAGCCGUCUCCAAAGCCGGCCAAGCCAGCGCCAAGGUCGGUCGCUGCUCCAAAGACCAAGACCUCGCUAUCUGCCACCCAGGCGGCGAAUCCAUCAAGAGCGAGCUCGUCAGACUCACCGCUCCGCAGAGCGCAGGCCUCGGGCGCUUCCACCGCUAGCGCGGCAGCGCGCAAAGUGCCGAACAUGGCAUCAACAUCUCGAACGGAUCCGGCGCCGAGCACACAGCUUCCACAGACGGCGACCGCCAAUGGCACCAAUGCGCAAGCAUCGACAAGCGCAUCGCAGUCGUAUCAAGAUGAAAGCACCAGCACGGACGAUCAACCAAGCCUCGUCAGUCGCAUCGGUUUCGAGCCACGCUCCAUCUCCGGCCUACCAGAUCCUUCCAUGCGGACGAACGAAGCCAUCGUUUGGCUUGACAUCGACAACACUCUGUACAAGCGCAGCACCAGGAUCGCAGAGCUCAUGGCCGAGCGCAUCCGAGCCUACUUCCACGGCAUGGGACUCAGCGAAGACGAAGCAAAGUCGCUCCACUCCACCUACUACAAGACCUACGGCCUUGCCAUCCGUGGUCUCGUCAAGCAUCACCAAAUAGACCCUCUCGACUACGACCGCAAGUGUGAUGCCAGCCUGCCCCUCGAGGACAUCUUGCGCCCCGACGCUCAGAUCAAGCAGCUACUCUCCGACUUGGAUCGCACCCGCGUGCGUGUCUUUGCUCUCACCAACGCCUACAAGUAUCAUGCAGACAGGGUGCUCCGCCUGCUCGACCUCGAGGACCAGGUCGAGGGCAUCGUCUACUGCGACUACGCCACACCCGACUUUGCUUGCAAGCCCGAGCUCGACUACUACCGUGCAGCUCUGCUCGUCGUCGGCGCCUCGCCAAAAACCCGCAACUACUUUGUCGACGACAGCUCACUCAACGUCGUGGCCGCCAAGGAACUCGGCUGGCAUUCUUGCAUCUACUUUCGCGAAGAAGACGAUCCUCUGCCACCGCCUGCCGCCGUCAAUGGUGCUGACAAGGAGGCUGCGGCUUCUUUUGAUGCUACCGCCCUCGUGCCUCGGAAUCAUACGACAGCUUCCGGAGCAAAAGCCACGAGCGCCUUCGACGAGGAGGCGAUUCGUCGCGAGUUCCAAAAGCUCCCCUCCCACCUGCGCAUCCAGCUGCUCGGCAUCAUCCUCAACGCAUGCUUACCCGGCGACAUUGCUACCAUGUCCAAGACGCUCGAAAAGCAUCUGCGUAUGACUCGCGAUGUCGUCAGCGGGCUUCCCGACUCUGUCGCCCUCAAGAUCUUUGAAAAGCUUCCGAUCCAGGACCUGCUCCGAUGUCGUCAUGUCUCCAAGAAGUGGCACUCGCUCGCCGCCACGCCCGAACUCUGGAGGUCGCACGCACUAGCACUCACCGAGGCAGACCCAGUGAAAGUCUCGCCCCCCUCGGAACCGCAAGGCUGGGAGCCGUUGGUCAAGAAUCUCUUCUUCCGCGAGCGCAACUGGGCGAAAGGCCUGGCUCAAAGCAUUCAGACGCUAGAGGGACAUACCGGCUUCGUCACUGCGAUGAAGCUCAAGGGACGCAAGACGCUUGUCUCGGGAAGCUACGACGAGACCAUCCGGGUCUGGGACAUUUCAACCGGCCUCUGUCGAAAGGUGCUUCGCGCCAAGGCCAUCGCAUGCCUCGACUUUCUGCUCGACGAAGGCGUGCUGUGCGCCGGAUUGUACGACACCGGCCGCGUGCUCGUCUGGGACAUGAAGAGCUGGGAGGUCAUCCAGACGCUCUCCGGGCACAACCGCGGCAUCCGCAAUGUGGCGAUCAACGAACAGUACUUGGUCAGCGUUGGUCAGGACAAGGCCAUCGUCGUGUGGGACUGGAGGACCGGCGCCAAGCUCGUCCGCUUUGGUCAGCAGAGCAACGUCUCGCUCGGCGUGUCGCUGGUGGACCAGGACAAGCUCGUGGCGGUCACGGUGGACGGAAUGAUUCGCUGCUUCAGCAUUCCACGCCGCGAGAUGAUCGGCCAGUUCCAGCUGACCAAGCUCGGCGGAGCUGAUCUUGGACUCGGUGCGCGUCUCGGCGACCUUGCAAGUGGAUCUUCGAUGCUCGAAUGGUUCGCUGCGCAUGGAAACACGCUCACUGUGGCGUCCAAGAAUGUCGUCGUCCAUCUCGAGUGGCGCGAGCACGUGGUGCCGGCAAGAAGCACGCAGGCUCCCCUCACAGCCGAAAGCCUGCGUCAGAGCGCAUCGUCGCGGCUCAGCAACGCUGGCAGCAUGGUGGGACCCGGAUUAAGCCCUCUUCGAACGCGUCGCGACUCGAGCAUGAGUAACGCCAGCAGCGCCGCAGUCUCGCCUCUCGCCAGCACGGCCGCCAGAUCGCGUCGGGACUCGAACACCAGCGUCACGUCGUCGGCCAGUGGCAUGGACGCCGCCAGGUCGCCGCGUCGCUCGAUCAAUGGAUCGGCAGCGAACCGGCCAUCUGUGCGCACGCCGCGAUCGUCGCUGGCUCCGAGCUCGACCAACGACUCGCCUGCCUCGCAAGGGCUUUCGACGCCCUCGCGACCCAGGCCGAGCCCUACGACGCGCAGGGUGGGCGGCCCAGCACCGUGGCCGCUCGCGACUGCAGCGACGGAAUCCGCAGGACGAAACUCGGGCACAUCGACUCCGGGCAGGAUGGGCAAGUCCGCCUCGGAAGUGUCGCUGAACUUUCCUACUACGCCCACGAGAGACGCUCCUGAUGCAGGCGCCGAAGGCACCGACAUCGCGAAUGGCGCUGCGAGCGGAAACGCCUCGCCGGCCGAGGGAAGCGGUGGCAGUGCUACUCGCAUCGCGCCCAACCUGUCGCUUCCACCCAAAGUGGUUUCUGUGCUCGAGACGCCGGACGUGGCGGUGGGAUGCGUUGAUCCUACUAAGCGACGCAUCGUGGCAUCCACACGAUUCAGCAGCCGUGCUGGAGCAGAGCGACGGAUCUAUGCUAGCAGUUUGCCGUUCGACCAUGGCAAGACGGCGACGCAGCUUGAAGCGACUGCUGGCGCGGUUGAGAGUGUAGAUCAGGGCGCAGAGGCGCCUAAGACAGCUUCCACGCCGGAAGGGCCGCAGUCGACUUCGCACGCAGAUACCUCUCCGACGGACGCGGCGGAACUGGUGGCGCCGAUCCGCGGUGCCUGGGAAGCGCAGGCGGGGGCAUUGGCGACGCCGGCGCGCAAUCCGAUGGCGAUGGAGCUGGACCACGAGAGCGUCGUGGUCGGGUGUGCCGACGGCCUCAUCUACCGCAUCCACUUUGUCGGCUCCGAGUACGGUCCCGAGACACUUCUCGAUGCGGCCGCUUCGAGCGAUGGCGCCAAUGGGCCCGGAGCAGGCGGCGCUCCCGGCGUGGGCGACGCCACCAUCACGGAUCUCUUGCAGCUCCGCGACGUGUGGAAGGAGAUCAUGGUCCCUGCCAGCGAGCCUGACCAUCCGGGCCGACUGCGAGUCGAUCGGCUCAAAGCUAUGGGACUCAAGUGA